GAAGGGGAAGGAUAAAGAAGGAGGGGGGAGGCAGGAAAGAAAGAGGGUUUAUCCUCAGACCUUGAAGUAGUUCAACCCUACUCUCCACAUGCAUUUUCAUCAUGAUGGAUACUGAGUAUGUCCUCUGCAGAUGGGAAAAGCGUUUAUGGCCAGCAAAGGUUUUGCCCCAAACUGGAAUCUCCAGAAGACAGCAUAUUCAGAAAAGGAAAGCAGCCUUUUUAGAUGUUGAAAUACUGAGUCUAGAUAAAAAAAUUAAAGUGAAGAAGACAGAAAUCAAGAUUCUAGAGAAGUCUCAGAUAGAAGAGAUCGCAUCAGAAUUUAUUACCCAAGUUGCAAUAAAUACUCCCGUUACGGAAGAACUAAUUUACAGACGAUCACUUAAAGCUGCGAUGGAUAUUUUGGAUCAGAAAGCAGAUGCCAGUCAAAUAAAUUCUUUGGGCAAAAGACUAACUACUCCCCAACUUCACAAAGUAAAACAGAAGAGACCUGAACAUGCUGUCUCUGAAUCUGACUCGUCACCUUUUGUCUGUGAAGAAGUAAUAGGAGGCUCUGGGCCCUUUAAGAAAGAAAAUGUACCACAGAGACUGUCCAGUUCUCCCACUGAAGAAAAUAAAUGCAAAAAGGGUCUAAAAAGGUCUAAUAGAAUUCAUGGCAACAAAACAGAGCCUUUGGCAUCUCCAAUUAGAAAUAUUUUCGACACUCAAAAGCCACAGCCUAAAAAUUGUGAGAUUUUGAAGUCACAAUCCAAAACUUGGAAUAACCGGAAACAAAAGAAAGAUGAUUCAUCACAAAACUCACAAUUCAACCUUACGAAGAAACUCAAAGUAAAGGAGACUGGGGAAAAAGGCAGGAAGAAGCCAAGGACCUCAAAUAGUAAUUCAUCACUUUGUGAAGCCAAAAAAGAUGGUGAUAGAAGUCCUGAAAUUGGAGAAAUCAGUCCGGUUUUGUCAACUAGUAAUUCAGUCCUAUUGAUAGCUUUGGAAGAAAAAGCAAGGAAUCCUGUCCAAAAAGCAUUGGACUUUUCUACUAAUUGUUCUUUUGUGGAAUCGGAGUGUGGAAAUGAACAUGAGAAAAUGCCUUCACAGAAGUACUGCAAAGUUUUAGAUGGCAUUAAACAAUCAGCAGUUUUUGAAUGCCGUUGUGUGGAGCCAGAAGGGACAGGUCUGUGCAACAGUGGAUCUCACACUCCCCUGGGUGUCUCUAAUUGCAGCUUGGAUUACCCAGGCUAUGUUGCACCUAAAACAAGAAUCCUUAAGCUUCCAGAUUUUAAGGAAGACGAAGAAGAACUUCAGUCCUCUGAAGAGUCAUUGGAGUUUAGUACUAUUAACAACACUGUGGUUGAUGAAGAGGACGAAGAUGAAGAACUUCCGAGUAUACUUUUAUACCAUGAACCAUGUUCCAUAGAAGCUGGAAUGUUAGUCUGGUGUAAAUAUCAAAAAUAUCCCUAUUGGCCAGCAGUGGUAAAAAGUGUAAUGCGGAAGGAUAAGAAAGCAAGUGUAUUAUACAUUGAAGAAAAUAUGAAUCCAAAAAAGAGAGGGUUUACAGUGGGUCUUAGAAGAUUAAAGCACUUUGAUUGUGAAGAAAAGCAGGAGCUAAUGGAUAAAGCCAAGGAGGAUUACAGUCAGGCUGUUGACUGGUGUAUCACACUGAUUUCUGACUACAGAGUUCGAAUUGGUUGUGGUUCUUUUACAGGAUCUUUCCUGGAAUAUUACUCAGCUGAUAUUAGUUGUCCUGUGAGGAAAGUAAUCCAACAAGAGCCCAACAAAACAAUGUUUCCCAUCCCAAGCAAGGAAGACUCAGAAGAUGGUCUAUCUGAAACCCCCACAAACAAGAAGCAGCCCUUCAAGAAAGUCCUACCAGACCGAAAGAGGGCUGCCAGAGACAAAGCCAAUGAGAAGUUAGUGGAAUACAUCGUGAAUGAAAAAGGGGCAGAGAACCAUCUUUUGGCUAUUUUAAAAAGCAGAAAAGAAUCCAAGUGGCUAAAAGAAUUUUUGAAUUCAAGUCAGUACGUGACGUGUGUUGAAACAUACCUUGAGGAUGAUGAGCAGUUGGACCUUGUGGUGAAAUAUUUACAAGGAGUCUAUCAAGAAAUAGACAGCAAAAUGCUGACGCUAAUAAAUGGCGAUGGAAUAAAAUUUAUUCUGGAUGUUCUUUUGCCUGAAGCAAUCAUUUAUGCAAUAUCUGUGAUUGACCAAAUAGACUACCAGAAAGCUGAAGAAAAAUACAUAAGAGGACCAUCUCUGAGUGAAAGGGAAAGAGAAAUGUUUAAUAAAGAACUUUUAGAGAAAAAAAAAGGAACUUUUACUGAUGAAGACUGAACCAUCUUCUCCAGAAAUGUGUCCAGAUGUGUCAAAACCAUAACAGGAAACCUUUGUAUUCUAAGUCAACUUAUAGGUAUAGUUAGUAAGAGUAAAAUUCUGUAUAAAAUUCUUACAUUUUGAAAAUAUUUUGUGGCAAUGGGAGCUUUUGAAGUGCUUUUGGUUCUCAUUUUGGAUAUAUCUGUUUUUGGUUUGGGGGUUAAUAUCCCUUGGAUGUGUUCUGUGGCACUGCAUGAAUUUUCAGAGAUUCUUUCCUUGGAAAGGCCAUUUACAAAAGUAGUCAGUAAGAUAUGUUUCUAUUUUUAUAACAUACUGCAGGCCAGUUUCCUACCCCCAUCCCUUUUUUAAAUUUAUGAUUGCUGGGUAAUUAAUGUCUGAAGAGAUCAACAUAUUUGGUAGCAUUUUUGAUUACUAUUGUGUCAUUCUCUUUAGUAUAUAUUACACAUUGAUUUUUUUUUUAUAUUGAAAAACAACACUGGUAUCAGUUUUUUGAGUGUUUUGGGUUGCUUUUUUUCCCCCUUUUAAUCCAAGCUUUGGAUAUGUAACUCCAGAAACAUCUGUCUUUUUAAAAUAUUGCCUCAUUGAUAUUCAAUAUGUUGGGCUUCCUCUUAAUUAUUCUCCCUGCUGCUACUUUCUUUAUAUUCAUUUUGGGAAGAAAUUACCUCCAAGAGGUGAAACCUGAGUCAGAGAUGUUUUCUUAUUACUAACAGAAAACCACAAUUGUGUGUGCUAGAAAGUAUAAGUUGCAAUAUUAUCGUAACUAUUUUAAAUGGAGCUUUUCCAAGUAAUCCAUAGUGAGAAUGGAUCUAUGAAUGCUUACAAAUCAUGCAUUUUUUCAAGAAUGUGUGACUGAAUGAAAUUACAUUGUAUUGUCAUCCAUUUUGAUAGCCCCAGGCCAGAUUCUCUCACUACUUAUCUCACCUUCCCAUGUGCAUCUCCAUUUUUUGGCUGUGACUGAAUCUUAACCUGGCAAGCCUUGGUCUCAGGCAUUGUGACAACUAGAUUUCAUUGUAUCAGCAGACUGGUUCAUUUGACCGGAUCAUCUUAGUUUGAUCCCCACAGGCUUUUUAGGUAAUACAUUAUAGGAAAAUCAAACACUCCUCUUUAGGGCUUAUCUAGAUCAUUUGUUUGGGGGAUAAGUUAGUAUUAGAAACAAUUGCAUUCUUCGUUCUGCAUUCUCACCAAGAAUAGGCACCAAGAUCUAGACCCUGGAAAGAAGCAGCAGGAUCUUCAGCUUCUAAUAGGUUUUGGCCAUUCACAUUUAGGAAGGACCAUCUUGUUGGUAACAAAAGACUCAAACCAAUGAGUUAUUCAUGAGCCUGGAUAGAGAGGAAAGUUGAUUUCUAUGAACUUGAAAUAUUAGAGAAGUUAAAUUUAUUUUUCAGAUUCUUGACAUGAAUAUGAAUGCUAAAAUGUGAUAUAAACCCAAA